UCCUGGGGGCUUGGAUGCUUCGGACCCGCUCGGGUCACAGUGAACCCGGAAGUACUUCAACACUUUCCUUCCAGGAGUUUCCUUCUCAGGAGCCAGCAUUGUUUUGGCGCCGUAGCUAAGCAUCAAUAAAAUGGCGUCAUCGGAGAAAGGUCCGCCGUCCGUGUCUGAGGAGAAAGAUUCCAACGCCUUGGUGGACGAUCAGUGUAGUCCUCAAUAUCGCCAGGCGUCACCAGCCAACAGCCCCACAGAGGAGGCCCAGAUCCCGGUCUCCGGCUCUAGGGGGUCUACUGGGGGAUCCAGCCCCAAAGAGAUGGCCCCUAUGGGGGGAUCCAGCCCCAAGGAGGGGAGGUCUACUCCGGGAUCCAGCCCCAAGAAGGGGGAGUCUACUGGUGGAUCCAGCCCCAAGAAGGGGGGGUCUACUGGUGGUUCCAGCCCCAAGGAGGGGGGACUUAUUACAGACAGCUCCUCAGACAGUAGCAGUGAUGAAGAAGAAGAACUGGGCAUCAAGAGGAAGAUUAGGAGCUGUGUUGCUCAGAUCAAGAGAGCAGAGCAUAAGACCUUCCUUCCCGGCAACCGCUCUCGGUCCCAAGAGAGAGGCCACUCUCGGUCCCAAGAGAGAGGCCGCUCUAGGUCCCGAGAGAGAGACCAGUCUAGGUCCAGGUCCAGAGAAAGAGACCGGAGAAGAGACCGAGGACGCCACAUAAGUGUUGUCCCUUACACACCACGCCCUGCUGCUCUCUACAGACGUCGAUAUGAGGACCACUACAAUGAUGGCGACAGAGGUGGGCAGUCUGAUCGGUGGUCCAAUAGAAACGCAGAGACAGACCACAGGAGGAGGGGUCGAUCCUCUAGCCCAGCCAAUCAGGACCCAGCAGCGGGAGAGGAGCCUCCAGUGAAGAAGAAGAAGGAGGAGCUAGAUCCCAUCCUGAGCCGGACGGGAGGAGCUUACAUCCCACCCGCCAAGCUGCGCAUGAUGCAGGCCCAGAUCACGGACAAGACCAGCCUGGCCUAUCAGAGGAUGAGCUGGGAGGCUUUGAAGAAGUCCAUCAAUGGUCUGAUCAACAAGGUCAACGUGUCCAACAUUGCCAUGAUCAUCCAGGAGCUGCUUCAGGAGAACAUCGUCAGGGGACGGGGUCUCCUGUCCCGCUCCGUGCUCCAGGCCCAGAGCGCAUCCCCAAUCUUCACCCACGUGUACUCGGCCGUGGUCGCCAUUAUCAACUCAAAGUUCCCUCAGAUCGGAGAACUAAUGCUCAAACGCCUGGUCCUCAGCUUCAGGAAGGGCUACCGGAGAAACGACAAGCAACAGUGUCUGACCGCCUCCAAGUUUGUGGCUCACCUCAUCAACCAGAAUGUGGCUCACGAGGUCCUGAGCCUGGAGAUGUUGACUCUUCUGUUGGAGAGACCGACAGACGACAGCGUAGAGGUGUCCAUCGCCUUCCUGAAGGAGUGCGGUCUCAAGCUCACAGAGGUGUCGCCGCGGGGGAUCAACGCCAUCUUUGAGCGUCUGCGGAACAUCCUUCACGAGUCUGCCAUCGACAAGCGUGUCCAGUACAUGAUAGAGGUGAUGUUUGCCAUCCGCAAGGACGGCUUCAAAGAUCACCCAGUGAUUCCGGACGGCCUGGACCUGGUGGACGAGGAGGACCAGUUCACCCACAUGAUGCCCCUUGAGGACGAGUACAACACCGAAGACCUCCUCAACGUCUUCAAGAUGGAUCCAGAUUUCCUGGAAAAUGAGGAAAAAUACAAAACCAUCAAGAAAGAGAUCCUGGAUGAAGGAAGCAGUGACUCCGGGGGGGAGGGAGAUGACAGCGAUGAUGAUGAUGAGGACGAGGCGGAGGUGGAAGGACAGGAGAAGAUGACCAUCUUUGACGAGACUGAGGUCAACCUGGUCAGUUUCAGAAGGACAAUCUACCUGGCCAUCCAGUCCAGUCUGGACUUUGAGGAGUGUGCUCACAAGCUCAUCAGGAUGGAGUUCCCUGACAGCCAGACGAAGGAGUUGUGUAACAUGAUCCUGGACUGCUGCGCCCAGCAGAGAACAUACGAGAAGUUUUUUGGUCUGCUGGCCGGGAGGUUCUGUGUGUUGAAGAAGGACUACAUGGAGGCAUUUGAGGGGAUCUUCAAUGAGCAGUACGAGACCAUCCACCGUCUGGAAACCAAUAAGCUACGCAACGUAGCACGGCUCUUCGCUCACCUGCUCUAUACAGACUCUGUUCCCUGGAGCGUGAUGGAGUGUAUCAAGGUGAGUGAGGACACCACCACCUCGUCCAGUCGUAUCUUCGUGAAGAUCCUCUUCCAGGAGCUGUGUGCCUACAUGGGCCUGCCCCGCCUAAACCAGCGCCUCAAAGACAUUUCUCUGCAGGUGUUCUUUGAGGGUCUGUUUCCUCGUGAUAACCCCCGCAACACACGCUUUGCCAUCAACUUCUUCACCUCCAUAGGCCUGGGAGGCCUAACGGAUGAGUUGCGGGACCAUCUGAAGAACGCUCCUAAGAUUAUCAUGACUCAGAAGCAGGAAGUAGAAUCUUCUGACUCCUCGGACGACUCGUCCAGCCAAUCGGAUUCCGACUCCAGCCAAUCAGACUCCUCCAGCGACUCAUCCAGCAGCACUAGCAGCUCUAGCUCAGACUCGGACUCCAAGAAGAAGAAGAAAGACAAGACAAGCUCCUCCCGCAAAAAAGCCUCCAAAAAAGCGUCCAAUAAGGAACCAAAACAGAAGAAAGCGGUCAAUAAGAAAGCGAGUGCCGCCAGCAGCAGUGACGAGGAGGAGGAGGAGGAGGCAGCUUGGGGGAUGAGCCGUCGCAGGGUCUCACCACCCGCACACAUGAAGCAGCGUGCACGUGAGCUGGAGGAGCGGGAGCGUGCACGUGACAGAGGGGAGGCGAUGCCAGUGGUUGGGCGAGGCCGACAGGGACCGGGAGAGGGAGAAAGAUGGAGGCAGAGAGAGAAUGAUGGAGAGAGGGCAGCCGAGGGGAGCAAGGGGGGAGAGAGGGGUGUGGAGGGGGAGAGGAGAGGGAGGAAGGAGAGGGAGAGGAGUGUGGAGGGAGCGAGGGAGAGGAGGAAGGAGGGAGAGAGGAGUAUGGAGGGAGGCAGUGAGAGGAGGAAGGAGAGAGAGAGGAGCGUGGAGGGGGAGAGGAGAGGGAGGAAGGAGAGAGAGAGAAGUGCGGAGGGGGAGAGGAGAGGGAGAGACGAGCAGGAGAAGAAUAAAGAGAACAGAGACAGAAACCGCCACAGAGAGGACAGGAGGUAAAUACCCUAACCUUUGACCCCAGACUGCCAUCCCUUUGUAUUCGUUAUGAUCACAUGUAUUAUUAUUAAAGAUAACUCACUGUC